AUGAUCCUCGUCACCCUCCUCGUCAUUGUUACCCUCCGCCUCCUCUACGAACACCACCGCGACCGUCGUCUCCCCCCCGGCCCCCGCCGUCUCCCCCUCCUGGGCAACCUCCACCAAGCCCCCAAAACCCUCCCCUGGCGGAUCUUCACGGAAUGGAGCAAAACCUACGGCCCAAUCAUGUCCGCGCAAUUCGGCCGCCAAACCCUCAUCCUGAUAACCUCCCCGACCAUCGCGCACGACCUCCUCGACCGCCGGGGCAGCAUCUACGCCAACCGGCCCGAGCUAAUCAUGGCCCAGAACAUCACCAAGGGACUACACAUCCUCACGCGACAAUACGACAGCUGGACGAAACUGCACCAGCGGCUCGAAGCCCCGGUUCUGAGUCCGCGCGCGUCAAAUACCUAUUUGCCCAUCCAAGAUCUGGAGAGUAAGCAGCUGCUUUUCGACCUCCUCGGGUCGAAUAACUUCGAUGCGCAUUUCGAGCGAUACAGUGGAAGCCUCAUGUUCGCGUUAGCAUAUGGGUUUCGUCUCCCGGUGCCGAAGAGUCGGGAGUUACGCGAUAUGCGCACGAUUCAGGGGAAUUUUGUCUACGCGGCGCAGGUGGGUCGGUGGAUUGUGGAUGCGAUUCCGGUGUUGAAUUAUUUGCCGGCGGUGGUGGCGCCGUGGAAGCGCAUCGCGGAGGAGUUAUUUCAGCUGGAGUCGAAGGUGCAUGCGCGACAUUUGGCGAGGGGGUUGGCGAGCCAGUCAUGGAAUUGGACGAAGGAGUUUUCGCGGUCCAAGUAUGCGAGCGACAUGUCGGCGGUGGAGUUGGGGUAUGAUUUGGGGAUUCUGGUGGAUGCGGGGUUUGAGACGACGUGGGCGGUCUUGAAGGUGUUUGUGUUGGCGGUGCGGGUGGAUGCGCGGUUUGUGGAAGUGGCGCGGAGGGAGUUGGAUGAGGUGGUGGGAAAGGACAGAUUGCCGGGUUUUGAGGAUAUGGAGAGGUUGGUGUAUGUGCAGGCGGUGGUGGAUGAGACGUUGAGGUGGAGGUCCAUGGCCCCUGGGGGAGUGCCGCAUGCGACGACUAAGGAGGAUGAAUAUAUGGGAUAUCGCAUUCCGAAGGGUGCGACGGUGGUGCCCCUGUUUUGGGCGAUGAGUUUGGAUGAGGCGCGGUGGGAGGAUCCGAUGGUGUUUCGGCCGGAGAGGUGGUUGGAGGGGGAAACGGAGGGGCAGUUCACGAAUUUCUUUGGCUAUGGCCGGAGGAUCUGUCCGGGGAGACAUAUUGCUCGGAAUUCGUUGUUUUUGUUGAUGGCGAGGAUUCUCUGGGCGUUUGAUAUUCAGGCACCGCUGGGAGAGGACGGCAAGCCUAUCCCCGUGGAUGAUAUGGCGUUUGAUUCUGGGUUUGUGUCCUCGCCAGACCCCUUUGAGGCCGUGUUUGUGCCGAGAAGUGACAAGACCAAAGAGGUGGUGGAGCGCGAGUGGCUGGGAGCAGAAAAAGACUUGGAGGUGUUGAUGGGUGGUAUCCGGGACAGACAGAGGGAGAUCGGGUUGGAUGUGAAGGCGUGAUGCUAGACAAGAGUGAUAAACUGACUUGAAAAAAUGAAGAUAAAUGUGAUAUAUAGCAAUGACUAAGUGAUAUCUCAUCGAUCCAGCAAUCCCGCCCGCUUCGCCGCCCACGCAAACAACACCGUCAGCCCCAAAAUAGUCCCCAGAAUGCCAAACCACCAGUUCAACGUAUGCUCCCCCUUCCCCGGCACCUUGACAUUCAUCCCAAAGAACCCCGUGAUGAACUGCAUCGGCACGAGGAUCGACGCCAGGAUCGUCAGCUUGUUCAGGGCCGAGGCAAUGCCAUUGC